AUGGACCGUAACUCAGUGAGGAAGAAGUCCUUGGGACUCGAUGUGCCCCGCACUUCAGCGAACGAGUCGCCGCCCGGCAUUGCGGCGCUGUUCGUGAUUCACUUCGAUAUCAAAGCUGGGUACAUGGUGACAUGGAAACGCACUAUCCCCGGUGUCGAGGUUGAGGGAGCCGUUGAAUACAAGUCUCUGCCCUCGGGCCUACAUAAUGUCUCGGAAGAUUUAGUGUAUUUCGUUCACGAGCAAUAUGCUGGCAUCAGCGCAUUCGUCAACCAACCUGCCGAAGAAUCGGAGCGCAAUGCAAAGAUGUUUGCAAUUGGGGUAUUGGUACCGCUGAGCUCCGGGAGGCUAGGCAAAAGCUGGCGACAUGCACCUAAAUUGAAGGAACUCGCACAGACUUACUGUGAGGAUGUAUCUGAUACGGAUAAAUUGUUGGAGUACUGGGAGACCUACGAGUUAUCCACAAACGAUACUUCAGCAGCUCCCGAUUCGCCGCUCGAAUCACCUCUGAGUUUCCGAGUGAGGGCCCAAGGCGACCGACCGGAUCCUCUACAGCGAAAACGAGCCAUCAGCGAUGCGAUCGUGCUAGAAACGUCCAGGCCGGCCCUGACGCCUUUCCAUCCUGCUUCGUCACUUCCUGAAUUUCUCGACUCGUUCGGUCCCCUAUUAUUCCCGUUGUAUAGAGCGGCACUAUUGCGCAAAAGGGUUCUUUUCAUGGCGGAAGCGCCGGUACAAAUACCAUGCAGUUAUGUGUAUGACUUGUCUUUGCUGGCCUCAUUACCAAACUCCCUCCUCCCAUUACUCCCCUCAGAUGGAAUACCGUCCCUCCGACCUCGUGCACUUUUUAAUGUCGGGGUAUAUGAUAUACCAUAUCUCUCCUCCUUCGUGGGGCCUUCUCCUGAAUCUGGGUGGGACAAUGCUUGGAUUGCAUGCAGCACAGAUAGCGUUCUGAGCAUGAAACCCGAACUGUUCGAUGUCCUUGUCACGCUGCCCCCACCUUAUUCAAAAAAUGCCGCGGAUAAGGCCUACCCGACUGUAUCUGUAUCCUCACCCUUAGCGGACAAGAGAAACCCGCAACGCACAGAAAUAAAAGCCACCCAACGCGAUGUACGGCGGUACACAACCCUACGCAAGGGCUUGCACCGCGUAUUUAGCGACGAAGAGACCCGGACCGAAGAUACCAGCGGCGAUGGAAACUCGGAUGCGUCGUCAACAUUCUCUUCCAGCCCUAUUGUCGAACCGUUAUCGUGGACCCGACUAGCCUACACUUCCUUCAUCUGGUGGGCAUCGGCCGGUGAAAAACGCGACGGAUUUUCCCAGGAGGAGGAAGAGGAACAUGAAGUUGAACAGGAUGCGCGCCUCCUUGCGAGCGUAGACAGCCUCCCUAGCCCUCCUUCUGGCUCUACUCGACGACGAACCAUGCAAACCGGACCAGCACCUACGCAACCGCCCGAAAUCGCUCUUGUCGCCUACUUCCGUCAACUAACUACCCAAAUAUUCGCCACACUCUCAGACGUGAUUGCACGACAAGACGACCAGAACGAUACCCACCCAGGGAUCGACGCCGCUAUCCCGUAUCAAGAUGAAGCAGACAACACUGAAAAUGUCGAUGAUACAGUCGUCAACACACAGGCCCCCAACGAGGAAGAUGAAUCCAUCUCCCCACUCCUAGAUCACAACCAACACUCGAAUCCAGAGACCCAAAUCCCCGAUAAGGACGCAGUUACGAUCAGCGCAGAAGACAUGGCUGAGAUGGGCCUGGACACGUGGAGCGCGGCGGAUCGGAUCUUCAUAGAAGAGCUUGUUCGCACCUGGUGGGGUCGGGAUGCCUACGUUGAUAGUGCUCGGAUCAGAUGCUGUGGGAUUUCUAUCAUUUAA